CAUCGCUAAAUGUCUUCUCUUGUUCGCCCUAACAGGAGCCCUAGCUUGGUUCCUCUCCCCUCGUAUCCACCUCAGGCGAUCGUCGAAGCAAGUCAUUGUUACUCCCAUCUCCGGGAGAACUAAAAAGGUUCUUCAUCACAACCCAGACAGUGUCACCAUCACAACCAUGGAGCAAACACUUGCAGAUGUUUCGGACAUCUUCGAUUCGGUGGUGUAUCUGGAUGAAUCCCUGCGCCAAGAGGGUUUCGAGGAUGGGUACAAGGAUGGUUUGGUUUCUGGCAAGGAGGAGGGGAAAGAAGUUGGGUUGAAGAUGGGUUUCCAAGUUGCGGAAGAGCUGGGCUUUUAUCAGGGCUGCGUUGAUGUGUGGAACUCAGUGAUCCAAGUUGACUCAGGAGCAUUCUCAUCUAGGCUCCAGAAGAGUGUCCAACAACUAGGAGAUCUGCUAAGGAAGUAUCCACUGUUGGACCCUGAAAAUGAGCAAGUUCAGGAGAUGAUGGAUGGUAUCAGACUAAAGUUCAGGAUUAUUUCGGCAAAUAUGGGGGUUAAGUUGGAAUAUAAAGGCUAUACGAAAUCGUCGGGGAUGGAGGAUAUGUAGGUACUAAGCAUAUUAUUUCCUAAUACAAAGAAUAUUUAUGGCUGGUGUCAUUGUUGA